AUGGUCAAAGCAAUCAGAGGCACGCUCGUCAAGUGCGACGCAUCCAUCAAAGCCAUGCUGGUCGACAUUGACAGCAAGAACAACAACGAAUACAUCAUCGAAGAGCUCGACGAGGAGCACAUACUAGUCAAGGAAACGCGUAUCAACGAGCUCAAAGCGCGUCUGAAUCAGGUGCGCUUCACAAACAUGCCACGACAUGACGGCUCAACGCUGACACGAAUCACUUCACAGAUGAUGAGGGAGCGCCUGAAGGAGCCAGAGAGUUCAGACUCCGAGUAG